ACCUCCAUUGUCGAAAACCCCGUUUCUCCAGUCCUCUCUAUCGCUUUCGAGAGCACUCUUAUCCCAAAAAUGGCACAUACCCUAGCUCGCUCGCCGACCACCGCUGUCAUGCGCCACCUAUCUCUUUCUCUUAUCCUCCCCAAGCGCCUCCUCUCGACCACCGCCAUAACCCGUCCUCCUCCCAUCACAUCUCCCCUUCUAUGCCGUCGAUCUAUUACUCCUCUCUCCCAUGCCGUCGGAUCCAUCCAGCUCGGUCAGAAUGCCUCCCGUUUCGCUAUCAUCAGGUGCCGGGUGAACAGAGCUGGCAACUCUGGUUACUCUCCCCUCAACUCGGGCUCCAAUUUCAGCGACCGGCCUCCUACGGAGAUGGCACCGCUGUUUCCGGGAUGUGAUUAUGAGCACUGGCUCAUUGUCAUGGACAAGCCUGCAGAGGGCACUACAAAGCAGCAGAUGAUUGAUAGUUACAUCCAAACCCUAGCUAAAGUCGUUGGAAGUGAGGAGGAAGCCAAGAAGAAAAUCUACAAUGUUUCAUGUGAGAGGUAUUUUGGAUUUGGAUGUGAAAUUGACGAGGAAACCUCAAACAAGCUUGAUGGCCUACCAGGUGUUCUCUUUGUGCUUCCAGACUCUUAUGUUGACCCUGAAUACAAAGACUAUGGGGCUGAAUUGCUAGUGAACGGGGAGAUAGUUCAAAGAACACCAGAAAGACAGAGGAGGGUGGAGCCACAGCCUCAGAGAGAGAGAGACCGCCCCAGAUACAAUGACAGAACCCGAUAUGCUCGCCGCAGGGAAAAUAUGCGGUGAAAAAUUGUUUUGGGGGGGGGGGGAUCUCUGUAUGGAAAAACAAAGGUAGAAAGGGAAGUGUGACGUUGUGAAGCCCUCCAUCCAUCCAUGUCUGGCUGUUGUGUUUUCGUUGUGGUUCUAUUUCAGGCUAGUUGAUCUUGAUUAUAAAUAUUAUAUGCUUUUGUGGUUGUGCAUUGGAAUGUGCAUACAAAACUUGAAGUACCUUAGGCAAAAUUGAAUACUAGCUACUGCACUGCAGGGUAAACUUUGGUUUUAAUUGUCAGUACUUUGUUAAUGUUAAUGUUUUUCACAAUGAAAGUGAUUAGCUGCAGUUCCACAAAA